CCUACAUACCUCACCUCACAGGUGAGUUCAGGUAAGGUAGGUGGGCGGAGUCCUAAAGAAAAUAUCAUCGCAGCAGCAGGAGUGAUGGCGCUCCUCGGUUCGGUUCUUGUCCUCGUUCUGGUCGGUUCUUCUGUUUCUGGAACAUCAGAUCUGAGGAUCACUGCUGGAUCUGGAGAUGACGUCACUCUGAGAUGUAGAGAUACAAACAUCAAUGAGAAUUUCCUUCUAGGAUGGAUCAAACCAAACCUGCAGGGAGAAGAAACUGUGUUUUUAUACAGGAAUGAUGGAAUUCUACUGGAUCAGGAUGAAUCUUUCCAGAACCGAGUGUCUCUGAAGGACCCUCAGAUGAAGGAUGGAGAUCUGUCUGUAGUUCUGGAGAACGUGAAGAUUAAUGACAACGGAACGUACGAGUGUAGAGUCAUACAAAGAAAUGAUUCACAGAGAAGAUGGAAUCUGAUCUCCACCAUCGGUCUGCAGGUGUCUCCUCCUCCACGAGAGGAAGGAGAACGAGGAAAUGACGAUGGAGUCAAAGAAGGAGACAGUCGUGGUCGUCUUGGUCUGUCCACUGUAUCUUCAAAGAGGAAAAAGCUUCAAACCAAAGUUCCAACAAGCAUCAGAAUCCUGACCGUGAUCUUCUGA